AUGAUUUCAAGUGAUAAAGCACUUAAAUUAUUAAAAUCUAUUAUCACAAAACAAAGUUGUAAAUCUCUUCCAAACCGAUAUCUUUGCGACGAGGCGCCUACAUCUUUAUGGAAUGAUAAAAAAAUGGUUCUAAAAUUGAAAGAAUUAUCAUACUUACAGUUUACAGCAAAUUCUGAGUGUUAUAAAAUAUUUGACAAGUAUAUAGAAAUAGCUAAGGACAUGGAAAAGAAAAGUAUUAAUGAUGUAGAACCAUUAGAAAUGACCAUGGAAGAUGUACCUAUAUUACUUCGAGAUGAUGUAGUGAGUGAAUCCGAUCAAAAGAAACAAAUAUUAAAGAAUGCGCCUAUCUCGGAAAGGGAUUACUUUGCUGCACCACGCAAUCAUUUAUCAAUUGAACAGAUGGAACUUGAAGCAACCCAAUCCGGAAAAGAGAUCACAUUCAAAGAACCCGAAAAGGAACGUAAUCCAAGCUAA